CAUCCCCAUCCCACUUCAUCCCCAUCCCCAUCCCCAUCCCCAUCCCCAUCCCCAUCCCCAUCCCCAUCCCCAUCCCGCCUCCGCCGGGGCCCUCCCACCGCGGCUCUGCCCGCCCUCCGCCGCGCCGGGCGCGGGAGCGGCAGCGGCGCUUCGCUGCGGCGGGGCCGGGCGGGCGGCGAGCGCUGCCGCUGCCGGGGGGGGGGGGGGGGGGGCCGUGCCGCGGCGGGGGGUGGGGGGGGUGGGGGGGGCCAUGCGGCCGCGCCGCCCGCCCGCCGCGCCGCCCGCCCGCCGCCCGCCCGGCGACCGGCGAGGCAGCGCCCGGCGGCGGGCGGGAUAAUGCGGCUGCUCAGCCCGCAGGCACCGCCAGCGGGGCGCCCCCGCCGCCGCCAUGUCCCCCCCGGCCUCGGCGGCCGCCGCCAGCGAAGGAGGCAGCAGCACGCCGGUGCCUCCGGAGGAGGAGGCGGAGGGGGCCCGAGAGGAGCAGCGGCCAGUGAAGCAGUCUCUCAGCAAGUCCCUGUGCCGAGAGUCCCACUGGAAAUGCCUGCUGCUGUCCCUCCUCAUGUACGGCUGCAUGGGAGCCAUGACCUGGUGCCAUGUCACCAAGGUGACCCGGCUGACCUUUGACAGUGCUUACAAGGGCAAGUCCAUGAUGUACCACGACAGCCCCUGUUCCAAUGGCUAUGUCUACAUCCCCUUGGCCUUCCUGGUGAUGCUCUACGUGGUGUACCUGGUGGAAUGCUGGCACUGCUACACCCGCAACGAGCUGCAGUACAAAGUGGACGUGGAGAGCGUGCACGAGCGUGUGCAGCGGAUGCAGCAGGCGACUCCCUGCAUCUGGUGGAAGGCCAUCAGCUACCACUACGUCCGCAGGACCCGACAGGUUACCCGCUACCGCAACGGGGACGCCUACACCACCACCCAAGUGUAUCAUGAGCGGGUCAACACCCAUGUGGCAGAGGCCGAGUUUGAUUAUUCCAACUGUGGAGUUAAGGACAUUUCCAAGGACCUCAUUGACUUGGAGAGCUACCCGGCCACGCGGCUCCGCUUCACCAAGUGUUUCAGUUUUGCCAACGUGGAGUCGGAGAACUCCUACCUGACCCAGCGGGCCCGCUUCUUCACGGAGAACGAGGGCCUAGAUGACUACAUGGAGGCCAGGGAGGGGAUGCACCUCAAAAACGUGGACUUCAAGGAAUACAUGGUGGCCUUUUCCGACCCAGACAACCUGCCUUGGUACGUAUCCCACUACGUCUUCUGGGUGGCGGCUCUGCUGACCCUAUCCUGGCCCCUGCGGGUGCUAAAUGAGUACCGCACCUCCUACGUCCAUUACCACGUGGAGAAACUCUUUGGGUUUGACUACGUGGCGGUGACACCGGCCGAGGAGCGCUCCUUCUGCCGGCGGAUGCCCCGCGUCAACACGGUGGACAGCACCGAGCUGGAGUGGCACAUCCGAUCCAACCAGCAACUGGUGCCCAGCUACUCGGAAGCCGUCCUGAUGGACUUGGUGGGGCUCUCCGGCUGCACCAGCUACUCCGCUUGCCGGUACGGGGGUUACCGGCAGAACUGUGAGCGGUGCCACAGGACUAUAAGCAGCUCCUCCAUCUUCUCCCGCAGCGCCCUGAGCAUCUGCAACGGCAGCCCCAGGAUCCCCUUCAGCAGCAGCCGCUUCUCCCUGGGCCGCCUGUACGGCUCGAGACGCAGCUGCCUCUGGCAGAGCCGGAGCGGCAGCCUGAACGAGCAGAGCUGCCCCACCGAGCAGACCCGCCUCUCCAGCCAGGUGACCGUGGAGGAGGAAGACCCCCCUCCUUACCAGGAUGCCCUCUACUUCCCCAUCCUCAUCGUGCACCGCAACGAAGGCUGCCUGAACCACGACCACCGUCACCUCCACCGCAACGGGUCCUGCGUGGAGACCUCACUGUGAAAGCAGAGGGCGGUGAGAUCUCGUUGUCCGUUGCCUGGCCCCAGCCAGCACGGGAUUUGGGGAGCGGAGCUCAAGGGAGGGAGAUGGCCUAGGAGGACAUCAGGAUGGAGCGGACACGGCGCCUCGCUCCGGCAGCCAGCGAAAGCUCCCCCCGCCAUGGCUCUGACCUCCCAGUGGGGUGAGUGCUGAUGCUCCCCCCUGGCAUGGCACAGAACUCUAGACCGACCACCACAUGCAAAAAAAAAAAAAAACAAAACAAAAACAAAGAAACAACAAAAAAAAAACAAACCAAAAACCAAAACCCAACCAAACCAACUCCAAAACCGUAAUUCAUGGCAUCGAGAUCUGAAGUGGGGAAUAAAAAGACAGGCCUGAUGCGGGAAGGGGGCUGCUUUGGCUCCCGGCCCUGGCUCCAGGCUGGCUCGUGCUCCGAGGAACCGGCAGGCACCAGAAAGCGCCCCGCCGCACCUCUGCCCAUCCUGCUGCCCACGCGGGAGUGAGACCCCUCGCAGGGUGGAGGGGAACAGCCCCCUUAGGAGCAGCAUGGAACUGCCUGUGCCUAAAGGUCUGGGGCAUCCAGGCACCUGGAGCUGAGCGGCAGGUUAGAGCAAAGGCUGAAAGCCGCGAAUCCAGCUCUUCCCCUACCCCCCCCCCCCCGACCGUUCCCCACCCUCCCCGCUUUUUUUUUUAGACCAUGCUCCGACUGUUACUCUGUUCUCACUGCUGGGGAUGGCACCACCUCCAGAGGAUCCCGGGCUCGGCUCCUUAGGAAGCUUCGGCACGCCAGCUCUGAGAGUCAGCAUCCCCUAGGUAAAGGGCUUUCUGUCUGGGAUUACAGCAGGCAGGCAGCACUGGGGAAGGGAUGAAUGCUCAAACCCAGAUGGAACGGAGAUCUGCAGCGCUGCUGAUCCGCUUGCUGGAGGAGGGCUCAGCUGGAAUGAGAAAAUGGGAGGCCCCCGGGUGAGCUGGGGAAGGGGGAGAGGGUGGCACUGGGACAGGUAUCGUGGCAAUAGGUGGUGCGUCAAGUGGCUGGGGUCCCUUGCUGGCUUUGAAAUGAGUCCUGAUCGGUUCAGAAAAGCAUCAGGGAAGGCUCUGGUAGGUUCAGUGGCAGUUCACCUGUGGAUAAUAGAGCAGCAGGUUAGUGCAUGUCUGUAAGAGUGAAUUUUGCAUGAGAUCAGGCUGGGCUCUGGCUACAGACUCUGAGCUGCAGGCUCCUGGCAGCUCGGCUUUGGCAGAGACCUCUGAGGGGCUGGGAGGGAGAAAUGCAAAAGCACGCUGGAGCAUCGGGAGCCUGGGCUGGGGAAAUGAGGAGCAAAGGGAUUCCUUUUCUGUGGGGCCCCACUGUGGGUGCAGGACCCAUGGGUGGGGCACAGGGAGGCAUCUGCUGUGAGGGAUACUCUGCAGAACAGAGGCUGGGGAUGCGUUAGAGGGGAGCCAACUUAAAACCGAGCAGUUUGCGCUGCAGAGGUUUUUUCAAAGAAGUAUCAGGCUGUGAGAAGCGAGGUGGCUUCUGCGUAGCCCUUUAGCCCCUGUGUUCCUCUGCCUUGCUCUUUGUCAGGGCAGGUUGGCCUGCUCUGAGCUUUGUGCUGUCCCUUCUACCCUGCUGUAAGGGAUCUUGGUGACGUUGAGCAAGGAGCCUUUGUGUCACUGAAUCUGCAUCAGUGGCUGCAGCAUGGAGGCACCCAGCUUUUCCUUCUCUGUCAACACAUCCCUGGAUCUCUCAUGUCCCUGUUCUCAGAAAAGCUGUCUCCUUUUCAGUCAGCUCUUUGGGGGAGUGCAUGGCGAAUCAGCCAGCAAUUUCUCCAGACAGCACUGCUCCUCAGCCUCAUGAUGCUUCUCUCAUCAGCUGAGAUAAACCGGCUGAGAGCAGCAGGUCUUGUGUGACAAGAGCAAGUCCAUUAUCACCUGGGCAUUCGGGCUUGGUGUCUGCCUCUGCAUCCAUCGCAGAAGGGCAAGAUGUAACAGCAAAUAGUGAGGCAUUUAGUCCAGCUUGUCUUCCUCCUGCCAACUAUUAAGGAAGGGUCUGUUUCUCUAGUCAUGCUGCUGUACUGCUUCACCUCCCAGGUCUUGGGGAGGCUGCAAGUGCACCCCUCCACCACAUCAGUCUGCUUUUGAAAAUCAUCUCUUGCUGUCAAGCCUGGAGCAGUCAGCGGCUGCAGGCAUCGUAAGGCUCCGCUUGGCUUUGGUCUGUUCUUCUGCUCUUUGUGCCUCGGGUCUCUUGGUCAGCGUAUCUUGCCUUUCAUGCCAGCUUGUCCUCCUGGAUAUCAAGUGCCAGACUCCAAACAAUGGCAGUUUGAACAGAAGGGCCCUGAAAAUCCCACUCUGUUAUGACUCUGUCUUGUAAUCUGCCCUUACUCUCGCUACCAGACCUAGAUGUUGGCUUAAAUAGGAGGGUCCCUUUGAGAACAGGGAAGCAUAAGGUGUGGCACAUCCCUCUUGCCGUUUUGUUCUCAUUACUGGCAGAUUCAGACUGGGUGAAAGCAGCUACAGUCCCCUUGGCUGCCCUGGGAUUUCCUUGCUUAGUCAUGAUAUUUGGCUUACUGUGCGCUUGUGUUUCUCUCUCCAAGGGCCUAAUGUAUGCCAAGGCCAAUGCCGAGGGUCCUCAUGACUCUGGGGAGAUAAUGGUGUGUGCUUGUACGUCCCAGUAAAUCAGGAGAUGUUCAGUCAGUGCAACAGGUCAUUAGGUUAGUGAGGAGCAUGGUCCACUUGUCCUUCCCAGUCUGUUCUCUUUGAAAUCUCCUACACGUUGCUUAAAUUAGGCUGUGAUGGCUUGUCUUUCUGUCUCCAGCCUCCAAGGUGCCUUGGACAGAUGGAUUUAUCUAAGAUUUGGCAGGCUUUUUAGCUCCCUGGGGCAAAGACAGUCCUCAUAAUAGGGACAGAUUACUGGGGUCUCUGUGCCCCUGUCCUUUAGCACCUGCAGUAGAGUUCUGCUUCCAGGCACCUUGUCCUUGGCUCUUUCCAGGCCUUUUCAUGAGAUUGCCUCAACUUGUUCCUCCAGCCCCAUUUUCACCCAUGAAAUCUUAUUAUGAAGGUGGUCUGUCCAGAUAGACGCAUGUAUCUUUGAGGGAUGGCUGCUGCCCUGGCCAGCAGGAUCCAUGCAGAGUCUCCCUGUUGCUGAACACCUUCUCCAUGCACAUAGUGCCAGCCACAGCCAGGUCCCAGACGUAGUCCCAGUGCCAUGGUCUGUGGCCGUCCCAGACCCACAGCACCCUGAGAAGUGGGACCUCUCUAAUCAGUGCUCCCCACUGUGUGCCAGGAUUUCUUGAAGAUCCUUUUCUCAUAUUCUUGGCCCUGCUACCCAACCGCACCUGGUGGAGCUGUCUCUCCAGCCUACUCCAUUCUCGCCAGGCUAGAGACCUUCCUGCCCCAUCUUAGGCUCAGGAAAGGGUUCAUGGCAGACAACUGGGCUCUCCCUCCCCACUCCCAGCAUGGGAUGCAGCCGGCAGAAAGGGUGUGCGUGUAUAGGUUUCCUCCUAAGUGUCAGUGUGGGACCCUAGAGCCCAGGGCAAAAGGCAGCUGAUUAAUUUCUCCUUGCGGCUCAGGCUUUCAGCACAGACAGCCAGAGAUGGUCUGUCCCUGUUCUGGCACACAGCCUUUCCGCGAUGGAGUGGUCCCAUCUCCUCGGCACACAGACAUCCACUCGCCGCAGCUCCAGGCUGAGCAGCAGUCAGGCGUCUGCUCUUCCUGCAGACUUGUGUCUGCUCUCUGCCGUGUCUGUGUCGGUGCUGAUGAUUCCUUUGGCAGCUCAUUCGAUGGCCCAGUCUGCUCCUCUCGUGGUAGCCUGCUCCCUUAUAUCUAACCUGAAUGCUCCCUGCUGUAUCUUAAUCCCCUUACUUCUCCUCCAUUGACUGGUAAGUCUAAUUGGCUCUGCUCUUUUUCCCCAUGGUCUUCCCGACACAAGCAGGCGUUAUCUGGUCGCUGCAGCCUUCCCACCGCCAAUCCCAGGGUCUUUUCUCCCCCAGGAUCUCGCUGGGCAGACCCUGGCUUGCAUGGUGGUGCAGAGGUUUUCCCAGUGUAGGAAGUCUGUCCUUCCUGGUCUGAGCCCAGUCUGGGCAAGAGGAGAGGGCCAAAGGCGCAAGCAGUGUCUUGGUCUGUCAGGGUGGCUGUAUCCUCAUUUCUGGUGCAGAAGUUCUCUUCAAAGUCAGUGAAGUACACAGAGCUGCUGGCCCCUUAUGCAAGGAAAGCAGGACAACCUGCAGUACCCACUGGGAAGGGGAAAGCCAGGUGCUUGUCGGUACCAGGAGUCAAUAACUAGAGGAUCUCUGCAAACAGACGGUUUUGGUUUUUUCCAUACGUCAUUCACCCGUUGCAGUCUUCAAAGUGCCAAGAGCCAGGCUCAGCACUGCACUUGUCAGCACACUCUCCUCGCAUACCGGGGUGAGUGAGGCGGGAACGCUGCCAGCUCCUCGUCCUGGCCCUUCAUGGCACUAAUACAUCCCUAGAAGAGAGCUAGUCCUUACUGCUGCAAGGCUGGACAGUAAGUUUGGGAUAUUUGGUGUUUCCUGUUGCCAGUAUACUUGUAUACAGUAUACAGGUACUUAAAAGCUCUCCAGCUUUCCUGAACUAGAAAGAGAGAACGAGCGUGUGAGAAGCUCUGGAUUAGCUGAUCUUCAAGACACAUCACCCAUUUAUCCAUCUGUCAGCACACACUGAAAACCUGCCAGAUGGUGCCUACCAUUUCGCUUGUGCAGAACCAGGCGGUGACACCAACCAGGCUGGUGGUACUUGAGCCCACUGUGUGUCCUGCAGACCACACCAAGGAGGGGGAUUUCAGAGAGGGCUUUCAGACUGAGCAACUCCAGGGGCAUUCGUUAGGACAGGGAGAGGAAAUCUCAGUUUACGGCCAAGGCCAAGCCUUCCGGAGUCACACACCAGGCAAAUUCUCGGGAUUAACGCUGGGGAAACUGCUGUUUUUCUGAGGUCAAACAAGCACACCCCCUUCCCUUUCCACUCCCCAUAAAAUGCACGUGUUAGAGACCCGGCGUGUCCCUGCCCGCUUUGAUGUCUCUCCACUCAAGAGUCUGCAGAGCUGUUUAGUAACUGAUGGAUGCUCACAGGGAGGGGACUGCAAGAAGAGGCUUAUUAAGUGGAAGUUUAGGAAAAUUAGGUAGCAUCCAAUGUUGGUUAAACAGUGCCUGCUGAUUUGCCUGUGGGAAGAAUAAUACCUUUCAAGCUCUCCUUCCAACCUUUCCAACCAUGGCUUCAGUACUGCUGUCUAGUAUCACCAGGGUGCUGCCUUAUUUUUAGCAGGGUAAAACCAUGCUGCAGUGUGCUCCUACUCUGUUGCAGUAGCUCUGGGGCAUGGGUCUGAAAUACUACACCAUCACCAAGAAGUUGUGUUGCCAGAGAGCUACAAGUCUCAAUUUGUGAUGUGUGCUGCUAAUCAUGUUUCGUUCCUAUUUGGUGGUUAGAAUAAGGUCUGUUUGAAUAUGAUCUGGAUCCAGACCAUCUCAGAAAAGGGACGUGGUUUAAGUGUUAGCUCUGUUUGGUAACGCUGCCUCCUGUGAUGUAUGUGGGCCUAGAGUCUCCACCAAGCCAGGUAUUUGUGGGGACCAAAAGCUGGUUCAUAGGACCUGGGAGUCCAGUGGGGAUUUGGGGCCUACCUAGGGCUCUUUUCCCCGUGGGCAUUCUCGAAAAAGGGGAAAGGGGCUUAGUCACAUUUCAGGUAGAAAUUAAUGUGUCAUGUUCAUUCCUAGUGUAAUUUUAUUGAAGUCAGUGGUACUAUACCAAUGUGAGCUUGGCUUAGCAACUUCUCAGAGUGGUCUGUCCUUGAGACCAGACAAAUUGAUCUGUCACAGCCUUGCUUUUAUGCAUAGAGUUCAUGCUGGGAUUUGGCCAACAUGAAUGAAUGUUGAAUAUCUACUGUCUCUGCAAGCAGUGGGUUGAAUUGUUCUGCUCUACUGCCUCCAUCACAGCUGCUCCGCCAAGGGAAACGUUAUGCCCGUGGAUGCGAUCUCAUCAACUCUCUCAAAAGCAAGCUAACAAGCAAAUUGACCUCCACCGUACUGGGAGAGGAGCCUUCCCACAGGACUGUAGUCUUUCCGCACACGAGGGAAAAGAGGUCCCAAGGACAGAACUGAACCUGCAAGACCCAUGGCCUCAAGGCCUCCUGUUCCUUCUUCCCUUCUCAUCUAGUCUGUCUCUCCUGGGAGAGGGGCAGUUUCUUUGUGGAGUUCAGCAAGCUCCUCUUCCUGCAGCUCCUAAACAGGCUCUACUGACAGGUACAUCGUCCACCUAUGCAACACUUCCAGAAGCUGCCGAGUUUUCAGGAGCCCGUUACAAUGUGCAGCAUGGCCAUCCAGCACUGAGAAUAAGCACAGCGGCUGCUGGAAAACUAAGUGGGUUUUAUUCCUCUCCCCCUCCCAAGGAAGAGUGUUUUUGUUGGGGAUUUUUUGUUUGUUCAUUUGGUUUUUGUAAACUUCAUUUGGGCAAAUGAAGCUUGUGAGAAAUCGGUGCCCAUCCUGAACCCUCCCCAGUCCUUUGAACUUCGGGAACGGAUGGAUCACCUACUGUGAUUAUAAUUUAGCAGAUUUUGUAGAGCAGAGUAACUUCACACACAGACACAUGAGGUUCUUUCACUCUCCAUCAGCACAAGCUGCUUCUGCGAUCUUAGCUACUCACAUUAGUGAAAGAAAAAGCCUAGCUAGAAUGUGGUGAGAUGACUUAGUAUUUUGUAUCAGUCCCAUGGUCCCCAUGUCCAUUAGCAGCGCCGUCAGCUGCCGUGCCAUGAAUUUGGAUUUUGGAUGGCAGCCCCUGAACCAGUCAGGGUGAAAACGUUUGGAAAAACCCACGCCUGAGUCUAUAUGUGUCCCCAGAAGCAGACGCAAAGAGAGGAUCAGCGGAAAGCAGCCGUCGCCUCCUGCUCAGCCCAGCCAGAAGCUGGUGGGCUCUGUUCGUGCGGCACCUGCCCUCCCCGGGAGAGCCGGUCCCCGGGGGCCGAGCAGAGGGGAAUGAAAGUAACGGCACGUCUGACGAAGCAGCAUGCACAGCACCCUUCUGCCGGCUGGGGAAAAAGCGGCGCCAGCAAGAACCCAAAAUAACAGGAUUUCACUUUGGAAAUGCCAACGGCUUUUUCAAACUGAAAUGAGACUGAAAGGCCUUAACAGUUGUGAGAAGCGUUUCACGUUGCUGUUCUUUGCUUAAAAAAAAAAAAAAAAAAUUGAUUUUUAACAACAAGGUGGGUUUAACCACUCCAGCCGGCUCGGUUAGAAAUGCGCAGUGCUGGCGGAGAAGAAAUGCUCGAGGAAGAUUGGGAUGGUGACCCUGUGGCUUCGCAGUGGGGUAGGCUGAUCAGGGGCAGAGGCUGGAGUUUAAAAUCUUCCUCUGCCCCUGGAGGUGUGACCUGGCUGUCCACCCACGCGUGUGCGUGUGGCAGGGCGGGUUUCUGCGUGAUCGUGUGCACGGCCGGGACCCGCGGCCCCGCAGAGGGUUGGCGCGUUUGUGGCUUUGGUUUGGUGUCGCCCAUCCGUCCUUGGGGCAGGGGCUCUGCAGGGUGGCAGAGCAUUGCUUGUUCCUUGUGAGAGGAAACUCCUGACCUGGUUUUUGUGAGGAAAUGGUGUGAAGUGUCACAUUGGCUGUAGCGAGUGGCAGGGAGCCGGGAUAAAAGCGUGGAGCAAGCUGUGUUUGAGAACAAGCUAAUCCCUUGCUGGCUGCCUCAACUGGGAGAGCCGCUGGAUCUGCUCCCUGGCCAACACUCUCCAGCUCUUCUCACCUUCCCCAGACCUGAUGUGCAAGCUGUCAUCCCUCUGAGCUGGCCAAAGCACCCCGCACCCCUGAACUCCUCCGAGGCCGUGCGUUCACAUCGUUUUGGUCCUCUCCCUGCUAGGCACUGUGGGUGACCCUGGCGUUGACCACGGUGACCUCAGGCGUGCUGGUGGCCAGACCUCGCCACAACCUGCUGGUUUGCCGGCUCACAGCCUCCCAACAGUGCUCCCGGCCCUGGCGUGCCUCCUGCUCGUUAGGUGGAGAGACAGCACAGCCUGCAGAGCACUGCAGCACGUCCUGGCCUCACUUUUGCAUCACUUCAUGCUUUCCCAGAGAAUUUCGCAGCACCCCUCUUGAGCCUCUGUAGACAGGCUAAGUUCAACAGACCGAAGUUAGAAAACAGAAGGCCUUGAUAUUUUGGUGGUCCUGAUCUCCAGAGCCCUGGUGCUGUCCCUGGGGAGGAGAGGCAGGUUGGCUCUUGUGAAAGCAGUGUGUCUGCUGGGGGAAUCUCUGAACGUGGUCUCAGUGCUUCUCCACCGGGACCGAGGGCAGCUUUGCUGUGGGCUGAACAGGGCGCAGCUGAUGGAGGAGCUGGCUGAGGAGGGCAGAACAGCAUGUGAAUGCCCAGCAAGACGUCUGGAGAAAAAAAGGCUGCAGAAGAAGAGCUGUAAAAGGCUUUGCAAAUGCGGUGGUUUUUACAGGAGACAGAAGGCAAGACAGGGCAGGAGGCUGCUGUGCUGGAGCGGCGGGGAGAGAGCAGGGGAGACAGAGGGAGCAGGGAGCUUGAUGGAGGAGCUGGGGGAUAAAGCAGGCUUUCAAAGCAGGCUGUGCAUGCUCUGGCUGAGGAGACAGGCAGGAGGUAUUUCUGAGCUGAGGCGCCCAGGCCAAGCCUCGCUGCAUUGUCAGAGGAGCGAUGCUGCCUCCAAGCCCAGCACUGACAGCCUGAGCGUGUGUCACCAAACCGCAGUGGCUAAUGCAGCCACAAGGUGUAAAUGUCACUAAUGAAUAAAUUGCCUUGUGCCUUGGAGAGGCUAAUCCAUCACGGUCGGGGACAGGGAUCUGACAGGCUUGGCUAUUUCAGGCAUAGCCUGUAGGGAGGAGGAAUGCUUCAUUUCUGAGCCAUCCCCUCCACCUAGGGAAGCUGCUGCAGGGCUUGGCUCUGUGCUGCUCCCCAGCUUCCCAGCCGCAUGAGCUCAGGCUUCGUCCUUCCCUGCAACCAAAGGAGGAAGCAGGAGAGGGUCUAGGUUAGCCAAAAGUGCCCUGUCAGUAGGGUGGUGCACGGGCCCCGGCCAGGGGCUGGAGUUUGGAGGGAGGCUGCUGCACAUAGGACACGGGUGGUGUAGGUGCUGACGGGAUAAAGUGGUGGGUCCCCAAUGAUCGGGAGAGCUUGCAUCAGUCGUCUGGGGUGCAGGGUCGUGACCUGCACCGUGUGUGUUUCAGGCCAGUAGUGCUUGGUACCGUGUUUUACAAACGUGCCAUUUAUUCCCCAGUUCAGUUUCAUGGUUUGCCCCUGUAAGAGGUGAUUUGGAAACGCUCCAAGCCUGCCCUCAAGCCCUCACCCAGUCUGGUGACAGCUCUACUAUGCUGUCCCAGGGGCAGUGCACAGCCCCCUCCCCUCGAUUUUCCCCUCCCUGCUGUUGAACUCCAAGUGCACAGCUCCCCCCCCUCUAUUUUCCCCUCCCUGCUGUUGAACUCCAGCCACCAGCACCUGGGCUGACUGUGCAGAGGGCCAGCAGGUACCCGGUAGGCAGGGACAGAAGCUCAGCGUGGCCCAACCCAGCUCCGUGGGAGCAAAAGGAGGCUAAUCUGCCCAUCCCCGCGGCAGCCUGCUCCUCCACCCCCAAUCAGCGUCUGAAGUCAACCCGCCGUCCUGUUCAUGACGUACGCCAGCGUGACACCUCGCAGAUCGGUGCCUGGGUCGCUGGGAGCAGAAGCUGCCAGGCUUGGGAAGCCGGCCACCGGCCCCUGCCGCCGCGCGCUGCGCUCCGAGCGGCGGGCACAGGGCUUGCCAUCUGCUGCGGGGGGGGGCCAGCCGGGACCCCCCUGCUCCGGCCCCACCGGGCACCCGGUAACGUCGUUCAGGUGUCAUUCUCCCUCCUUUACUUGCCGGCCACCUCCCCUCCCCGUCUUCCCCCGUUUCUCUGGCACAGACCCACGGGCGGGGGGGAUGCUCCCAGCUUGGCCGGGGUCCCUCUCCUGCUGAUUGCCGCUCACACUGUGUCGGUGGGUGGUGGUGGGAGGGAAGGCCAGCUCCCAGGCAAAGCGCCGGAGGUUGUUCCCUCCUCCAGACAGAGGCACACAGCUGACCCCCCCCCCCCGACCCCCAUCCUCAAAGCCCCUCAGUACUCCUUAGGGGUGGAUCUCACAGGAGAGGUAAAGGAUCCACACUGCACUUCCCAGCACAGAGUGACCUGCUAGUUACCGCUCUGCAGGGCAGUCCCACACCCACAGUGACCGGCCCUGAAGCUGACCAGUGACCCACCAACGACAGGACUGUUCGCGUUCAAUCUGCUGUUGCUGUCGGGGCUUUCAUUUUUACCAGUGUGCAUGGCGGUUGCAAUGGUUUCAGCCCUUGCCAACUGGCAGAUAGCGGACUGUUGGGUUUGGAUGUGGGGGAGUGGUGCAGGUUUGGGCUUUGGGCUUUGGCCAAGAGGUUGGUGGGAGGGAAGGCAGAGGGUUCUCCAGGCAGCAGCUACCUGUCCAGGCGCUCCCACGUGUGGCAGCCCAGGAGUGGGUUUGGAAGGUGCUCAGGUGGAGCUGCAGGAAGUGGAGCUGUGAGCAUCCUGGGAAGCAAGUCAACAGUUGUUCUGGUGAUGAUACAUUUUCCCAAGCCCCUUUCUUUCCAUCCCUGUUCCUCACUGGCUCUGGUGGCCAGUCCCUCCUCAUGUGUCUGCCAGCAUGUCUGAGGGAUCUCAUCGCUGCCCUCCCAGCACGAGCUUUCAUUGCACAACUGGCUGACCAGACGCAGCCCUGUACGUGGAACUAAAGACAGGCUUGCCCAGGACCAGGCCACCCCCAUUCGGCCCCCGCCCCACCCUUGCUGCUGGAGCUGUUCCUUCAUCAGCCUGAUGCUGAUCUGGGUCUUUUCUGCUGUUUCUGAACACGAGUUCUCAUCUCAUUCAGGUAUGUCAUUCAGUGGAAAUAUUUUGUAAAUGCAAAUAAAAAGAAAUAAAUCUAUUCAAUACCUCGGUCUCGAGGAUGGGAAGUAAGUAGUGGGAGACUCCUGGCUGGGGAGAUUUCACAGCUGCUGCUGCUGCUUAGGAUUUCUUGUAGCCCCUGGAGCAUCCGUGAAUAGUUGGGAAGGGAGCUACGCAGACGUGUGAGGGCUUGGGGCUGAACCCUGCCGACACCCCUCGUGCAGCCACCACCACCCGGGACAGCCUCACACUCCAUCCUCCCUGACUGAUAAGGGCGCGAUACGGCACAGGUAAAAGUCCUGUCAGCCGGGGGCCGGGGGCCAGCGGCACUGCGGGUGUCUGUGUCCAUCAGGCAGAGCAAGGCAGAAGCGGGUACGUGGCAAACACAUUCUUUUGUGAACACUGGGAAACAGUUUUUACUUUUCAACUCUGUCAAUAUGAUCUAGCUCUGUCUGUUUCUCUAUAUAUGUACAAACAGUAUAUCACAAUGUUGCCUUUUUUGUUGGAAAUAUCAAAGUACAAAGAUUGUAAACCAAAUCGGUGUAAUAAAAGUUUCAGAUGAUUCACUGA